GCGGGUUUCGAUUAACCACAUGAUACAAAAAGCAGAGUGGGGAUGCACGGCCGCCACAUCGUCCCCUUUUUCACCGAAGCUGCGACAACGGUUGAACCACCGAUAAGGUUCUAAGGGCUUCACGUUGCGUAAAGUGGUAAUUGUCUACUCCACCGUGCUUUUGCAUUGUAUUGCCCGCCUUAUCAGUGUUUGAUACUGGCCCAGGACCGCGUUAUCCAACCGCGCUCCAGCAGUGGUAUUAGUGUCAUCGACGUGGCAGCAGCGCUUUCAGCUGUCAAGUUUCUCUUUCUUUUACUUUCGAGCGUGGUGUCAUCUUGUGUGAACAAAAUUUUUCGUGUGACCAUUUCGCUGAGCGAAAACUCGCUGCCGACAAGUUGUCAUCUCGGAAUUCGCCCCUGAACGCACGCAUCGCCUCCGAAACCCGGCCUUUCACUGGACUAUUAUGAAUUUUGAGGAUUAUGAGUCGCUCCCAACCAACAAUGUUGUUACGCAUAUGACCGCCGGAGCCAUAGCCGGAAUAAUGGAACAUUGCGUAAUGUAUCCCCUCGAUUCGGUCAAAACGAGGAUGCAGUCGCUGUCCGCGGCGGGCCGCGAGGGCAUCGUCGACACAUUCCUCAAGAUGGUGCGGCACGAGGGCCUCUUCAGGCCCGUCAGGGGCAUGUCGGCGAUGGUCGUGGGGGCCGGGCCCUCGCAUGCCCUCUACUUCAGCUGUUACGAGUACCUCAAGAACACCCUCAUCAAGCACACCACCACGGCCCGGUAUCACACAGUUAUUUACGGAGCGUCCGGUUGCAUAUCCACCCUCCUGCACGACGGCAUUAUGAACCCAGCCGAAGUGGUCAAACAGCGCAUGCAGAUGUUCAACUCCCCGUACAAGUCGGCGGUGCAUUGUUUCGCCGACAUCUACAGGCGAGAGGGCGUCCCAGCGUUCUACCGCUCGUACACAACCCAGCUGACCAUGAACGUGCCGUUCCAGAGCAUCCACUUCAUGGUGUACGAGCUGGCCCAGAAGAUCACCAACAAGGACGGCACGUACAACCCGGCGGCGCACAUGGUGAGCGGCGCGCUGGCGGGGGCGGUGGCCGCCGCCGUCACCACCCCGCUCGACGUCUGCAAGACCCUGCUCAACACCCAGCAGCAGGGCACCACGGCGGGCCUGGUGGAGGCCGUCAAAAAGGUGUACAUUUUCGGCGGCCCGACGGGCUAUUUCCGGGGCCUGGGCGCCCGGGUCAUGUACCAGAUGCCGGCGACGGCGAUCUGCUGGUCCACGUACGAGUUCUUCAAGUAUCUGCUGACCACGUCGGCGGAGGUGCGGCUGGUCAGCGCUCCGACGAGUGUGGUUUUAGCCGAGGAGAGUCCGAAAUACGAACCGACCGAAAAGAUAAAUCUGAAACCGCGCGAGUUGCCUGCGAUGUCCGGGGCGGGGAUCUACGGCUCGAUCUCGUUUAAUACGAUGCACUCGGACACCGGGUACACGAAUAGGAGGAAAGACUCGAUCCUCGACAUCGUCCAUACUUAGUGUGCGUGAGUUGUCGAUUUGUUUCCAUACGUAAGUAUUAGAACCGGUCACCGAACAUCAUGGUUUUCUGAUUCAACUGUGUCUAAAAUGUAAAUAGAGGGCGUUGCAGCUUACCGAAGUGCUCUUGUGUUAGGUGUAAGACGCAAAGUGACGACGCAUUUUGUUUCGUUUUUGUUGGUAAGCUGAUAAUGCACGUAUUUUUGACAAUACAAGCACUAGUGGUAAUUAGAGUAGGUGGAACCGACAACCGAUAUUUCAGUCACUCUUUCAAAAAUUACACAGUUAUUUUUUUAUCGAAUAUUAUUUGCGAAGCAAUAACGGAAUAUCGGACUCAGUGGCUGUUGGAGGAAACCAUGUCAAAAUAAAAAACGACUCGCUAUAUUUCUAAAAGUACUAUUUAUUUUUAUUGACCCGAUUUUUGGGUGACUCGGAUGAUAGAAAUACUUCCACUGAUUUAUGAAAAACGUGGCGUUGUGGCGUCAACAGAGUAGAAAGUUAUUUUAUUAAGGCGUUACAUUCUGUUUCGUUUCGUGUGUUCGUGUGGAUCGGGAUGAAAAUGCGAACGGCUUGAGACUCAGAGUCGCGGAGAGAUUUCGCUCUUGUAUUGCCGUCACGAAGACGCUGUUUAGACUGUGAUAAAGUCCUUAUCAACUAUUUUUUCUAUGUAUGAUAUUGACUUCGUUCAGAUGGGAGUACUAUCAUAUUUUAUAUGUUACGUAAUAGAAGGCUAUGUGUUUUUAAACAGAGAUUAUGUCUUCUAUGUAUUGUGAUAAGCGACCUUGUCACCGUUACGUUAGAUUAUUUUAGUUUUGUGUCAUAUUGUUUUUUUCAAAGAAAAAGAAAAAAUUUGUAAAAAGAAUGUUCAAAUAUAAUAAAUGUUACACAAACAA